AACAACAGACCUAUUUCAUUUUCAGUUUUCUCUCUAACUUAAAAAAAAAAAACAUUAUUUUUUGUGCUGUGCAAUUGAAUUGUUUUUUUUGUGUGUAUCGUUUAAUUGUAUAGAACGCCGUGUUCGUCAUUUUAGAAGAAAAGACCUAGAUUUUUUAAAACAUAUUAUUUUUUUGCAAAAAUAAACCAAGUACGUGUUCAAUAAAUAAAUAACUUCGACAGGAUUGAAUCGAUUAAUUUUCAUUGAAUUUGAAUCGGUUGAAUAAAAAAAAACGUAAACAUGUCUGCACAAAUUCUAACCGUGAAAUACAAUGAAAACAAUGUGCCAUACAUUGGCCUAGGUGAACAUGAAAUUCGUUUGGAAGCUGAACAACCCAGUGAAGCUGUGAUGGAAAAGGCUCGAAAUGAACUUCGGGAGCUUCCAGAAAUUACAGGUCCAGCGAUCGCUGAAUUACGUGAAAUGUUAAAAGCUGAAAAGACACUUCAUGUGCCAACUGAUGAUGAGUUCCUCAAAAUGUAUCUUAGGCCAUGCAAGUAUUAUCCAAAAAGCGCAUUCGAUCGUAUCAAAACAUUCUUUAAACUCAAGCAAAAACAUUCCGACUUAUACGAAGAAUUGUUCCCCAACAACGUUGUACACGUAUACGAACAAGAAUUGGUGAAAUUAGUCCCCACCCGGGACAGAAAUGGUUCCCGACUAUUGGUCAUUCAAUGCGGAAAAAAAUGGAAACCAAAUAAAUGUUCGUUGAACGAUUUGUUCCGUGCAAUUCAAGUGGCUAUUGCUGCAUCAAUGCUUGAACCAACCACACAAAUUUGCGGUGGAUGUGUUAUUUUGGAUUUCGAUGGUCUUUCGUUGAGCCACAUCAUGCAAUUUACACCAUCAUUUGCUGCUCUUGUCUUAACAUGGGUUCAGGAUGCUUUGUCAUUGCGAUUGAAAUCAGUUCAUAUCAUAAACAACUCAUAUUUAUUCAAUAUGCUAUUUGCGAUAUUUAAGCCCUUUAUUCGAGAAAAAUUACGCAAACGGAUUCAUUUCCAUGGCAAAAAUCAUUCCUCGUUGCAACAACACUUCGACGUUAACUGUCUUCCAAAAACUUACGGCGGAAAAGUGGAAAUUCCAGAUGGUACUGGUGUUGCAUUGGGCGAUUUAUUCCGCUUGUAUUCAAAGGAAUUUGAAAUGGCAAAUUCAUUUGGAUACGAUUCACCUGCUCGCAAUUCACUCUAAACAUUUCGUGACAUCGUAAAAUCUGUGAUAGAAUUUAGAAGAAAAAAAAUCUCGAAUAACAUUCGAAGGAAGGUGAACGAUAAAUAUUCUAAGGAGAAAAAUAAAUAAAUUUUCUUUAAAUCAAAACGAAGAGAGAAAAGGUGUGAAGAAGAAAGACUAUUGAAGAUGAUUAAAUAUCAAUACGCAAUCCAAAAACAAAACAAUUCAAUCGAAUUUUUUGAAUUAUCUAUUUUAUAUACACUUAUACAUUAGUAAUUGCAUAAGGGCAUAUUUUUAUUUAGCCAAUAUCAAUCAAAUUUAAACAUUCU